UUGGCGCAAGAUGUAUGUGUGACAGUAGAUGUGCAGUCACAAUUCACCACGACAACACUUAAGGCGAAAAGCUUGAGACCGAUUGUUGAUACUAUUUUUUAAAUUACUUAUGCCAAGUUGUUUUUUUCCUUUAGUCAUCAUCACUACUGGAAAAGUUCUUAAUCAACUUCACAUCUUUUGACCAGCUGCAUGUGAUCAAGCUACAUUUUCCUAGUCAUGAAUCUAUCCCACGAGAUCGUCUACUUUGGAAAGUCAUCAGGUAACUUCACUGAAAUGAAGAACCUUAACAUGACUAUGUCCAGUGACUACAACGACACCAUCUUCAUGCUGAACAAUGUCACACUGAUGGACAUCGUCAGCAACAUGACCAACAUCACCGCUGGGGACGACAGCUCCAUGCAGACGGCCAAACUGGUGGAGAAGAUCUGCAGCCAGAUGCUCCCCAUCGUGUGCAUCUUCGGCAUCCUCUGCAACAUCCUCAACCUGCUGAUCCUCACAGAACGCUACCUCAAGGAGUCGCCGUACUCCUACCUGACCGCCAUGGCUACCACGGAUCUCUGUGCCCUCAUCCUGACAUUCAUCUUCGCCAUGUUUUCCAUGAAGAAUCCAAACAGUUACUACUGGAAGUUCUACGACGCUCAUCUCUACUAUCCUCUCGUGAACAUCUGCUGCAACUCCAGCGUCUGGUUCAUCGUAUUGCUGACCAUUGACCGCUUCCUCUUCGUCCACAAUCCUCUGUGGGCCAAGGCCAAGUGCGACCGCAUGGGCGCACUCAUCAAGAUCUGCGUCGUCCUGGUUCUCAUCAGCAUCAUCAACAUCCCGCGGUUCCUCACCUUCAAGGUGUGGUACAGAGUGGACGACUCGGGCUUCACCUACCAGCUCGCCUCGACCGAGUUCCGGCAUACGUAUGCCGCAUUCAUCAUCACAUGGUCCCACAGCAUCAUCAUCAACUUCAUCCCGCUGACCAUCCUCAUGACUUCCAACAUCUACAUCGUGUAUGCCGUGCAGCGCGCCCGUGUCCAGCGCCAGAUCAUGAAAAUCGGCAACAACAAGGAAGCCACGUGGCACCGCGAGCAGAUGCGUCUCACAGUCACCCUCAUCAGCAUCGUGUGUCUCUUCGUCAUCUGCAUCAUGCCGUCGGCCUUCGCAGACCGGCCGGUCGCCUGGGCACUCUACGGGAAGUUCAUAUACAGCACAUCCACCGAGCUCAUGAAGUCAGCUCCAUACAAGAUUCUGCAGGCCAUCUCCAACCUGCUGCUCAUCUGCAACCUGUCGCUGAACUACGUGCUGUAUUGUGCGUUCAAUGACAAGUUCCUGCGCGUUUUCAAGACAAUGGUUCUCAGGUGGGUGAAGGUGAUUCGCAGAACCAAGAUCCGGGAGGAGCUGUAUAACAAGUUGAUGAACAGAAGGUCUCUCAAUGGUCAGGUUUCGAUGGCGUUAAGCGCCAUGUCCAUGACCAAUGGCUGCAACAGCCAGAUGACGAAGAUGAGCACAUCAAAGAGUGAUUCUUUUCUCAGGGAGGACCUGACACUGUAAGCGGGUGUCAGUCCAUGUUGUGAUCACAUUUACAAAGAACAGUUUGUCAUGUGAGAUAUGGAUCACGUUACAAUCACAUUUACAAAGAACAGUUUGUCAUGUGAGAUAUGGAUCACGUUACAAUCACAUUUACAAAGAACAGUUUGUCAUAUGAGAUAUGGAUCACGUUACAAUCACAUUUACAAAGAACAGUUUGUCAUGUGAGAU